GAACAUGGAGUAAAGCAGGGGACGUGAGUCAAACUUUUUGUAAUCUGAGCCCUUCUGCUGUUGGUGAUCACAGGAAACUAACGCAACGAAUGAGCCACAAUAUAAUUUGGAAAGCGCUCUCUGUAGUUUCUGUAUCCAAGCCACAGGGAAGGUGAACCUCAGGGAAUAAGGUGAAAGAUGGAGGAUUUCUGGGCAGGGGUCCUCUGGGCCCUAAGGAUUUGGCUCUACCUCAUUAUCAGUCUCAUCAUGAUCCCAGCCAUGUUUGGAUUUUCUCUGGGCAUCUCUGAGACCUACAUGACCAUCUUGGUGAAGACCUUAGAGUGGGCCACUCUGAGCAUACAGAAAGCAAAUGCAGAAGAAGAAAAGGUUAAUGCUUCUGCAUCUAAUGGACUCAUUCAAAGGGAAGGCGGUUCUAUGGAGAAAGAGCUGGAGGAGCUGAGACGCAGUAGACCCAAACCGCCAGAAGGAGGGGACUUCACGCUGAGUGACUGUUUCUAUUUCUCUCGAAGGGGAAUUGAAAGCAUUGUAGAUGAUGAGGUAACUCAGCGGUUCACCUCAGAAGAGCUGGUAUCCUGGAAUCUACUGACGCGCACCAACAAUGAUUUCCAGUACAUCAGUCUGAAGCUAACACUGGUUUAUGGCCUUGGUAUCUUUGUGCGAUACUGCAUCCUCGCCCCGCUUAGGAUCACACUGGCCUGCAUCGGCCUGACCUGGUUGGUAAUUGGAACGUCUGCCGUCGGAUUUCUUCCAAAUUCCAGGGUAAAGUUCUGGCUCAGUGAGUGGGUCCAUGUUAUGUGCUACAGAAUCUGUGCUCGAGGGCUGUCUGCUACUAUUCACUACCACAACAGAGAAAAUAAACCCAAAAAAGGAGGAAUCUGCGUGGCCAAUCACACCAGUCCCAUAGACAUCGUAAUACUUUGCAACGACGGCUGUUAUGCCAUGGUGGGUCAGGUCCACGGAGGUCUAAUGGGAAUUCUUCAGAGAGCAAUGGUGAGGUCUUGCCCUCAUGUCUGGUUUGAGCGGUCAGAGAUGAAAGAUCGCCAUCUAGUGACCAAAAGGUUAAAGGACCAUGUGAAUGACAAGACCAAGCUUCCAAUAUUAAUAUUUCCAGAAGGAACCUGUAUUAACAACACAUCUGUCAUGAUGUUCAAAAAGGGAAGUUUCGAAAUCGGAGCAACAAUAUAUCCUGUAGCCAUCAAGUAUGACCCAAAGUUUGGAGAUGCUUUCUGGAACAGCUCCAAGUACAGCAUGGUGAGCUACCUACUGCGAAUGAUGACGAGCUGGGCUCUCGUCUGCAACGUUUGGUACUUGCCAGCCAUGCACCAACAGGAGGGUGAGGAUGCUGUCCAUUUUGCCAACAGAGUGAAGUCAGCUAUAGCUCACCAAGGAGGGCUGAUUGAUCUACAGUGGGACGGAGGUCUGAAGAGAGCAAAGGUGAAGGAUACGUUUAAGGAGCAGCAGCAGAAGAAGUACAGCAGCAUGGUGGUGGGAGAUGACAGCAGCGGAAACAGUGACUGAGAUUAACUUUCAGCACAAAGGACAAAUCGUCCAACUGGUUCUGACAAGAACCGAUGAUGGAAACAGACACAUUUACCUCUUUGUUGUUUUUCUUUUUUUUACAUCGCCUGGACAUGGCAGGGAACGGCCCAAAUGGACUUUGAAAGAGGAGCAGCUAAAUGGAAACAAAGCGAUUCAAAUAAGUGCAAUAUUAAAAAGCAGAGAAAGAAAUACUCUGUUUUACAGCUGCUUAUCUAUUAUUGCUAUUAAAUGCUAUUGCUGAAACACCUCUGGUUUUGUACUGAGUGUCCCUUUUAUAAGCUCAUAUGUUUUAAAACUAAUAUUUUGAUUAAGAAUGGAAUCAUCUUUGCAUGUUAACACUUAUUCUCAGAAUUCUGUCCUGGUUUACUGCAAAGCACAUUAUUGCACAUUAUUUGUUCCCAGAAAUUAUGUUUUUAACCUGAGUAACCAUUGACAUGUGUAACAGUCCAGUUUACUGAGUUUAAGAGGGAAAUUGUUUCACAGUAUCACACACAGCUUCGACGUUUUGGACGGUUUUCCUCCUGAUGCUUUUCUUUAGGCGUUGUCUUCACUGCUGUUUUUCUGACCUCUUCAACACCUAAAAUCGAAUUAUAGAAAAAAAGUACUUUACAGCAUAUUGUUUUACUGAUGAGAAGCUUACAUUUGGCCAUGAAGAGUGAGUAAAGCUUAAAGGAACUUUAAAAGCUUUAAAUCCACCCAAAUCCCCAAAGUUUAAUCAGCUGUCAAAAACCUUUUGGUUUAAUGUGGGCAUGAUGUUUGACUGCUCCAGCAGAAAGGGACUGAGGUGAGGGAGCUAAUUGUUAGCCUGUUUAUCUAUCAUUGGGGUUUAUCACCCAGUUGUCUCUGUGUUGAUUUGAGGAAGAAUAUAAGAAAUUCUGAGUUAGUCCAUUAUUAGCACCCUAACUUUGUGGUAUGCUCCACAUCCACUAGUAAUGAAACACAUGAUGCUACCACCACCAUGCUCAACAAUCUGGUAUGUUGCUCUCUUGAGUCCAAAUCCUCAAAUCAACUCCUCCAAACUUGUUUUUCUUUUUAUUUUAGACCAUAAAUGGCCGUGCCAAUAUGGGCAAAAUGCAUUUUUCCAUCAAAAAUAGAAGGUGACCAUUAUCUAGCAUGUGCUGCUGCUUUCUCGGUGUACGCUGAUCUUGAUCUUCUUUAACUUUGAGACUUUCCUUCCAACAUUGGCUUGAGCCUUGAUAGUUACAGGGUUGUUUCUUUAAGUUCUGACAUUUCGUAUAAUAUUUUGCAUCAAUCUGCAUCAGAUGGUUGAAACUUGGACAGAACUGUAUCUUGCAACAGAACAAUGAUUCUAAGCAGACAUCCUCGUGGGUUUUUGAAUGGGAAAAAAAAAAAAAACUAACAAUAAACUGUUGGAAUGACAGCAAUCUAAAUCCUGCUAAAAUGUAUAGAUGAUGCUUUAAUUGAGUGUUGCAGAGAAACAAGUAACCAAAUAUGUCAAGAAAUAUUCUGCCAGAGGUAAACAAGAAACCUUUUGUUGUCAUCUGUCACUUGUUAGAGUUAAUAGGAAGUAUGUGCUUAUAUCGAGACUGCAUAUCAGCUUUUCUUCCCCUUUCCUGGGCUAAAGCAUCAAACUUUUUUUUCCAGGUGUGUAUUUGAUGAUGCGAAUGUGAAUAACUAUCUUUUUUUUGUUUUGUCCAAAUUCUAUAAGGGUAAAACUAAAACCAAAUAUGGUCUAGAUUAUUGUUUCUGAAAUGUGGAGUUUUUUUAUAGGAUCAAUGCAUGGGGGGGUAUUAGGUAGGAGUUGAAAUGAAUUAUGAAAUCAUAGUGCACUGAUGUGAAAUUCAGAUAUCACUAAUCAAUGGAAACUUUAGAAAUGUGAUUGAAGGGAAAGUUUCCUCACCAUCUUUCUUGAAAUCAGUUGGAUCACUGCCAUAUUGCACAGUCUGUAAUUCAAUUCACUGGGUUAAUAUACUGUACACCUACUUGCACACCAGUAAUUAAAGACUCUCUAAUUAUGAUAUUACUUACCGGUACCUCUAAUUUAUUAUUUUUUUUCUGUAAUUCCUGAAACGCCUGAUACCUGUUUGGUAGAAAAUGUAGGCAAACACACACAGGGGAAAUAAGCAUUAGUCAGACCAAUAAUUGUCAGUCAGCCUAUUGUCGAAACAUUGACAGCAGAUGUUGGACACAGUCCCAAUAAUUCAUAAAUAGAAAGUUUUAUGGGUAAACAGUUGGAAUUCAUCAUGGACAGUGUAUUAAAUGCACAAAAAACUGAGUCUGAAUUUUCUAGUUUUUAAAAAGUAUUCUUGCUGUUAUGAGAAAAUCAAUAUCAGCUGGCCAGAAAAAAAAAUAUUUUGUCAUCAAAGUUUGGCACAGACAGGUAUGAUAACAGCAACAACACCUUCAAAGCAUCUUACUGUUGUUAAACUUAAUGUUUAAAGCUUCACUUUUUAAACUCAUGAGCCAAAGCAAUUUGGCCUUAGUUUUUUUUCAAAACAUCAAACAGUGGCGCAGGAGCUAAGGAGCACUCACAGAGGGUUUGGAAAAACUGAGAAUAGCAGAAAAUGAUUUUUCAUGUUAAAAAACAGUGCACCAAACCACAAUGCCCUAUUUGUACAAUCACUGCACAAGGCUCUUCUGUACAGUAUAGGGUAAAGCAUGAUGACAGUUGAUCAAAGUUUAAUGCAGAUUUUGACAAUAUAAUACUGUCAAAAUGCAAUCUUGUCUCAAGAGGCCAAAGUCAAAGAGUGAAAACAACCUGUUUGGAGAAAGAAUGGUUUUGCACAUCAGUAAGAAUUUAUUCCCAGAGGGAAGUUUACAGACUGAGAGAUAAAGGUAUUAGCAUACAGGUAGACUAUGACAGAAGGGAAGAUGCAUAGAAAAAGUUAAAUAAGGUUAAGAAAAAGAGCAGCGGCCUAGUGGUUUGGGCAUUGUGCUUGGAAUCCAGAGGUUCUGAGUUCAAGCCUAGCUCCCACAGACUGCAUCUCUGGGUCCAUGAGCAAGACCCUUAACCCCCACACUGCUCCCCAGUGCCGCACAAUGG